AUGGAAGAUGACGAUACUCGGACUGUGGUGAGGGAAAGCAUUGUCAGUAGGAUCGAUGAACCAUUCAUACGCCUACUUGGUACGUUCACAUACGAGGCAGUCGAUCAUUACGCCUCUUUAUGUAACUGGUUCGUAUCCGGCUUCAUCUUCGUCAUGACACGUUCGUUGAGGAACCUCUCCACGUUUCUGGAGGAUCUUACCGAAAGUGCUUCGAACGCGCUUGCGGUCCCUAUCGCAUUGUUAACUGCCCUCGCAGAUCAACAUUUCCACGAAGGAGAGGCAAUCCGCCUAUCUGCUGCGAAGGACGCAUUCGCGAUUGUGACGGAACAAGUGCAUGUCAUAUCGAGAAAUCAUCUUCAGGAUUGA